AUGCCAGGGUUAGAAGAGGCUGAGGUGCCUGAUCGGGUCUUUACGAAUUUGGGAAACUUGUUUUCUCUUUCCAGUGAAAAUGGAAUUUGUCAUCCACCACCACAGGUUGCCCUGAGGGGAGUGCGAGUGCAACCGAAAAUCGCCGCGCAACAGCUAGAAAUCGAAGAGAUUACAAAAGGCCGCUACACUAGAGAGCGAAAGCAACCAAAUGGGAAGAUCAGCAAAUUCAACGAAAACAAACUGACAAUCGUAAAAAAUGAUGAGUUCUUUAAUAUUGAAAACUACACCAUCAACUCAGUUUCUGGAGAUCACAUUUGCAACGGAGCUGACAUCGUCGAGCAACAAAUGUGGACAUUUGUCAAACAAGAACUCGACAAUUUACUGAAAGACCAGCCAGAGAUGAAACAAUCAGAAAUACGAGCAAAUCUGAAGAUGCUUGCGCUAGAAAAGUUCAAAGAACAACUCUUCCUUGAGCAUUUCCCUCCAGAUAAUAAAAUCAUCAACUUGGUUCGAUAUCACAAACAAUUGUCUGACUUCGAGUUGACGUUUGACGAUCCUGACAGUCCUGACAACGCAGGGAUUCAAGAUGAAGGUGACGAUGAUACGCCAAUUACACUGUUGCUGGCGAAAGAGGAACCGGUCGAUGACGAAGCUAAUGCAAUUGAGGAUCCGACUGUACAAGUAAUAAAUGUGCAAGAGGAAGCGAAUUCAAGUCCAGUUAAUCCCACCGAUGUAUUUGAAAACUGCGGCGUUUGCUCCAACAAAGUCGGCGGAAACGGAAAGCUGCUUGGUUGUCUUCACACCUUCUGCGCAGAAUGCCUCGAUAAAUCGGAGAAAGAGAGAGCAGCGCCGCAAACAAGCGACGGGAAAAUUCUCUGCCCAGUUUGUCGAUGCCUGACUCCAAGAACACUUCUAUCGGACAAUCAUUUUAUCUCUGAAGAGGUUGACAAGCAAAGUCCAACCUCGCAGUCAAAGAAAUGCAGCUGCUGCGAUGAAGAUGUCGAUGGGGUGAAAUUUUGCGUCGAGUGUGCCGAAUGGCUUUGUGAAAUUUGCGUGACAGCGCACAAAAGAGUCAAGAUCACGAAAAAUCACCAGCUUGUCGAUGAAGCGCCAGUUGUAGAAAACGAAACUAAGUACUGCAAAGAACAUCCAAGUGAGCCCUUGCAGUUGUUCUGUGAAAGUUGCGACAUGAUGACCUGUAGAGACUGUCAACUCCAGCACCACAAAGAGCAUAGAUACGACUUUGUGGCAGACGCAGGAAUUAAAGAGCGAAAACUACUUCAACUUGCGUUCCCAGAGCUUGUCCAGAAAAAGGCCAACCUACAAAACUUCAUGAACAUGGGACAGGCUCGUCUCGCUGAUCUUCACAAGCAAGAAGAAGUGCUGAACAAACAAAUAGAAAGCUACUUUGCUGAGAUCACCAAUUUAGUCAAGACGAAACAACAAGAGCUUCAAGUUCAAGUUCGAAACAUCUGUGGUCAGCGAAAACGCGAAGCUUCAUCGAUGGUGAACACUUCCAAAAAGCUGCUCAAUGCGAUUCGGCAUUCGGAAAACUUCAUCGAGUACAUUUCCGAUCCUUCAAAGACGAAGGGGUUACUGUACGCCCGUCGCUUGGUGAAGGACUAUUUCAACCUUAUUCUCCGGGAGCCAGCACCAACAGAGCAGAAUCUGAGGCACUGCAACACAAACAUACAGUUUAAUCAUCGGGGACAACAAUUCAUUCGCGGUUUUGCGGCUCAGAAGCUGGGAGAUAUUGUUUUUGAGAGAACAGUUCCGCCUCAGCAUCAGAUGCCAAUGCAUCAUCAAAGACCUAGAUUGCCAGUGCAAAACAGAAUGCCCCCAAUGCAUCCGCCUACCAGUGUACCACACAUUCAACGCCAGGGAGCUCCACCAGCAGCCUUAAAUCCAGCCCAACUAGCCGCGCUGCAAAACCACCAAAUGCAAAUAAGUCAACAGCAGCCUCACCCUAAUCAUCCACAGCCGCAUGGAGUCCGCUCGCCUCACAUACGAAGUCCUGUUGUGAGUCCUGGUCCCCCAAGACCACACUCUACUGAUUCGGGAACAUCAUCGUCAAGCAUGCCUCCUGGUGGACCAAUGACUCCCCCAAAUGGACAGCCAUCGGUGAAGAGGAUGAAAAUCGUCCGUCGAGGGCUCUCGAAACCGCCAGAUAGCGAUGAAGAUUAG